AUGAUGCCAGAAGGACCUGAAGUGAGAACGCUGGUGGAUCAGCUGCAGGGUGGAGUGGGAAGAAGGUUGCUAGAUGUUAAAUUUGUCUCAGGAAGAUAUGUUCGCAAUGGAAAGCCUGGUGGCUUUAGGGAGUUUGCAGCCACCAUGUUACCAUUAGAUCUCCAGAAGGAUGACGAUUCCCCAUCCGUGGAUCUAAUUCGUUCUUGGGAAGCUAAGGGAAAGUUCCUUUACAUCGUUCUGGAUGAUGGGAGCAAAGAGACAAGGGGAAAAGAUAAGAAGGAGGGUGAUUUCCAGCGCUCCAUAUGGAUAACUCUGGGCAUGACUGGAAAGUUUGUCAAUGAACAAAUCCAUGCACAAGACGACACCCAUGGCAGAUGGUACCUGGAAGUCAUGGAUGUCAAAUCCAAAAAGCAGAGCAAAAUUCACUACCACGACAUUAGAAACUUUGGGACCCUCAAAUUCUGCCUCUCAAAGACUGAACUUCAGGACAAGCUGGCUUCGCUAGGACCUGAUAUACUAGAUCCCAAUGUCACCACAGAAGAUGUCUUUGUUCAGAUUGCUAGUCAGAAGAAUCCCAGUAUGAAUAUUUGCAAGUUCCUAAUGAACCAAGCAAAUUUGUGUGGGAUUGGAAACUACAUCCUAGCAGAAGGCCUUUACCGAGCCAACAUUGAUCCAUUUGCAUCCCUUGGUGAAAUGUCUAAUACGCAAAGUCGUGCUCUCUUUCGUGAACUGCAAAGCACUGCGCUGGAAUCUUAUGAAGCACAAGGCAUGACUCGGCAAAAGGGUGGAGUCUACGCCAACGUCGACGGGUCCAAGGGAAAAUUUGAAAUGCAAUUGCAGUGCUACGGACGACAAUUAUGUGCUCGUCGUGGCGACCCGGUCAUUCAAGAAACCGCGGGCCCCCAUGGCAGAACCAUUUGGUAUACCAAGGCACAGCUCUUUAUGCCGCUGGAGGAGAGAUUUCCGCCUGCUGCUCGCCAACGUGCAACGCCCAAGCGAAAAGCGACAAAUGGCCCUUCCAGUGGCAAACAUUCUGACAACGGGUGGGAUGUGUACGCAAGGGCGGAAUCAGACUCUGCCAGGCUUGGUAUUUUGCUCUCGGGUCUUACAGAGCCAAGUUGGAGAGAUGUCCUGACUAAGGAGAUGCAAAAAGACAAGUAUUCAACUCUAGUAAACUUCCUUGCGGAUGAGCUAGCCAACAAAGAAACCAUUUGCCCUCCACAUGACUAUGUCUUCUCGGCACUGAACCUGUGCCCAUUGGACCACGUCAAGGUCGUUGUGGUAGGCCAGGAUCCGUAUCAUGGAAAGGGCCAAGCCCACGGGCUGGCCUUUUCAGUCCAGAAAGGUAUCCCCCCGCCGCCAUCGUUGAAGAAUAUACUCAAAGAGGCAACGGAGGAUGUUGGAAUCGGUCCUCCCAUGCAUGGAAACCUAGAACAUUGGGCGUGCCAGGGUGUCCUACUUUUGAAUAAUGUCCUUACGGUUCGGCAGGGUUCGGCAAACAGCCACAAAGGCAAGGCUGGGUGGGAAAUAUUGACGGGUGCCCUUAUCGAUCAUUUGAAUACGGAGAAGGAGGGCUUGGUCUUUCUUUUGUUUGGCAACGCCGCUCACAGCAAAGCUGACGCUGUGAAUGAGACACGGCACACUCUAAUCAAGACAAGUCAUCCUAGCCCUCUGGGGGCAACGAAGACUGCGUCCCCUUUCCUCGGCUCCAAAUGUUUCAGCCGAUGUAACCAGCUUUUGGAGCAGCAAGGUUUGGACCGAAUCGACUGGAACUACCAGGUAGUACAAACGCUUCGGCGGUCUUUUCAGCUUAGCUGGCCUACCAGAAUUCUCAACGGAUCUUUGGAUCAAGACAGUCAUUUUGCCUUUCCCGUACACACUUCCAACCAUCCCAGUUUUACUCGAGCCCCCCAAUUGAAUCUUCUUCAAAGUACUGAUGGACUUGCAAUGAUGAAUCGAAACACUACUGCUACAAGCGCUGCAGCGUCAAGAAAACGAGGGAAAAUGUCCAUGGCAACGAUGGUUCUGCUGAUGGUGUCGAAUGGGGUAUCUUUCUUCCUCGGGGCGUUUUUGGCAUUGAAUGCAUUUGCUGGACAUUGCCCUUCUUCGUCGCAAAGUGGAGUUAUGUCAGUGCAGACUGGAGCCUUGCGAAGUCUGCAAAAGAAAGAGGAAAGUGAGAAAUGCACUAAUGAAUCUGUGUUUCCCGAGGAGAUCCAACGAUUUGCCUCAGGAAUGGCCCACAUGAAGAAAGAAGACUUUACCAACACAUUUGAUCUUGGAGUCCCACUUGACCAGCCCAAGAAGGGAGCUGAAGAUGUGCUCAUUCUCUAUAACAAAAAGGGUGCCAUGCCCAAAAGGCUACAAUCAAGCUCUCCCACAUCCAUGGAACUGCUCAAAACAGAUGAAGCUGUUGAACGAUGUGAUUACAUGAAUGUGAUCCUAACCAAUUAUGAUCCAGGAAGAGCGCAGUGUGUGGUAAUUGUCCCGCAGUAUGAAUCAUACCAUAUCCAGAAAUAUAUGAGAGUCCCACUAUCUGGCCACAGAGAGCUGAAUAGCAAGUAUCCUCUUGAGCCAGUUUCCAGAGGGCAUCAAGCCAAUGGCAGAGAGCAGUUUUUGCCUCCCAAGGCAGUGGAUACCCAGAAAAAUUGGGAUAUGCUACGAACCUAUUUGGCAUCGAUUGAUGAUGUCUUGAAGGAACUGAGACCCAUUGUGGACAAAAUUUCAAUCAAGAACACUGUGGUAGUCAUGGUCUGCAACCAUGGGCAAUCUGAGUUGCUUCUCAACUUUGCGUGUUCUGCAAAAUCGAGGAACUUGGAUAUCUCAAAUGUAUUGGUCUUUGCCACUGAUCAAGAAACCAAAGAACUAGCAGAAAGUGUGGGCCUCACUGCCUAUUUUGAUGAACGAAACUUUGGGGAGAUUCCUAUGGAGGCGGCUGGCCGUUAUGGUGAUAGGAAAUUUGUUGCAAUGAUGAUGGCAAAGGUCAUUUGUGUACAAGUUGUGGGCCUUCUUGGUGUGGACAUUUUGUUUCAGGAUGUGGAUAUUGUAUGGUUUAAAUCUCCACUUAGUUUCUUCCACGAUGAACAGUCGCCAAUCUACAGUUUUGAUGCCUACUUCCAGGAUGAUGGUGCUCAUUCAGUGCGAUAUGCACCUUGGAGCAGCAAUAGUGGAUUCUACUAUCUUCGGCACAAUGACAGAACACAAUACUUCCUAAACUCUUUGUUGAUGCAAGGUGAUUUGAUUUUGAAAACAGAUUCUCACCAACAAGCCUUGGUUGCUGUCCUUUCCGAACACGCCAAUCUGUAUGGCCUCCGAGUGAAAGUGCUGAGUCGUGAUGAAGACGAAUUUCCUGGCGGGUAUCAUUUCCAUCAAAAGACCGGCAAGUACAUGAGGGCAUACUUCAAAGGCCACAAUAAACCAUAUCUGAUGCACAUGAGUUGGACCAAGAAUAAGGACAACAAACUUCUUUUCUUCAAACAAAUGGGUGAAUGGUAUCUUAACGAACAAUGUGUCAAUAGAAAACCAGGCGAAAUUGACAUUUCCAAGGGCAGCGACUUUGUCAGUACAUGUUGUUCCAAGACAGCUCUGUUUUCAUGUCAUUAUCGUGACAAGCCGAGCAUUAAAUCAUGCAAGGACAGUCCACCUA